AUGAAGGAUAGAAAGCAGUUUAGUCAAACUAGAGACUUAAGAACUAUUUCAACAUCACCUUUCACAGCAACCCAUGCCAGAACAUUAAUGCCAAUUUCAAGUGCUGGAUAAAAUUCUCCACAACUAAAUUAGGCCUAAUCAAUGAAGGUGUUUACAGCAUUUAACCCAGACAGACUAGCUCCAAUUCAAAAAACAUAUGGGUAAUCACGCCCCUUUCUAUUUCCUCCAAAGAAAUACAAGGGAUUCAAGAUUGCAAAUACUGGUGUUGAUCCUCAUGGUGGUUUAGUAGACUUUAUUAAAAGGGAUAUUAUCAAGAAUAUUGAUGUUCAUAGAAAUAACUAAGAAAAGGAGGAAAUGAGAGACAUGCGUCAAACUUAGUUUGGAACUUUGAAGAAUAAAUGGGCAAUAGGCUGCACUAAGAAUACUGCUACUAAAGUUGAUACUGAGGGGUUUUUACUCCCUUAGUUCUAGAGUUCUAUGAAAAGAUCAAGCUCCCAGAUAUAGCCUAUCAGACUCAAAACAGAUAUUAUAAGUUUCAGGCCUCCAGAGAAGUAAGUUGAGCAUUAAAAAGCCUAUGACUUAAUGGUAACAAGCCCUAAGUAUAAUUUUCAUUCUGAGACAUCUCAAGGAUGGAUAGAGAGAUAAUAUGAGAAUAAGAGCAUAGUUAACAGAAGCAGUGUUAACCAUAAUAUAAUUACCCAUUCAGAGAACGGCAACAGUGGCAAGCUCCACGUUGGUACUCUUAAUAGUAAGAUUUUAUUCAGAAAGAAAGCAGUUUGUGACUUUGCUAAUGAAGCUAUACCUUAAGCUAUUCAUAUUAAUAAUGACUAUAAUUCAGCUUUUCUAAAAGAACCUGGUCUGUUCAAGAAAUAUACAGGUAUGUGCGUUAAUACUUAUGAUUCAGCACAUAGAUUCGGAAUUGAUAAGCCCUUUAAAGUUUGA